AUGGCGAGCUGUGGAAGUCAGUCAGCAGCUCGGAGGACGGGGUGGCUGCAGCUGCCGGUAGAGGCUUUCCGUGACGCGGCGUCUGCCAUGGAACAAGAGAAAGAAAUCCUGCUAGAAAUGAUCCACAAUAUACAGAACAGCCAGGACAUGAGGCACAUCAGUGAAGGCGAGAGAGAAGAACUUAAUCUGACUGCUAAUCGUCUGAUGGGCCGAACCCUGACAGUGGAGGUUUCUGUGGAAACCAUCCGCAAUGCCCAGCAGCAGGAAUCCCUGCUGCAUGCCACGAAGAUGAUCGAUGAAAUUGUCAAUAAACUUCUCGACGAUUUGGAAGACGCCAAAAUCCGCUUAAUGUCGCUUUACGGCGCCUGCACAUCUGACGUGCCAGCAGGACCCAUCGACCAGAAGUUCCAGUCUGUGGUUAUCGGGUGUGCCAUUGAGGAUCAGAAGAAGAUCAAAAGGCGGCUAGAGACUCUGCUCAGAAACUUGGAAAACUCUGAGAAGUCAAUCACAUUGCUGGAGCACCAGAAAUCAUCUGUUCGACAGUCUUGCAACAGCAAACAGGAUUAA